GGUUGCCUUGUUUUUGAUCUCAGCUACUUGUCUUGUAUUGAGAUUGAUGGGCCCGAAUCACAGGUGGAGGAUUUUAUGCGUAAUAUCUUUCUUCCAGAUAUGUCGCUUAAUAACUUCAAUGAAUCACCCGAACAAAAAUUAUCAGCUCCUCCCGUUGCUUGUGAAAUGACUGGUUUAUUCGUUGGACCUGAAAGCGGGCAAGUUAAUGGAGGUCCUUGGCGCAAUAUUGACCGACCCACAAUAGCCCCUAUCAGAGUGCUCUGGGGCCCGGUGAGUUAG